UCCGCGGUGCGUGCGAGCGCCCUUUUGCAGCAGCCGCGGCGGCGGCGGCGACCCGAGGGGGCGGAGAGUAGGGGGCCGCGGCCGGGGGUACCAGGGGGCGGCGUCCCCCCUCAAAACCGCCUGCAAAGUGCUCGGGGUUGCAGAAGCAGGCCGCCGGAUCCGCGGAGAAAGCAGCUCGCCCCGGGGGCUGCCGGGCAGAGCCGCGGUUGCCGGUGGGCGCCGGUGCCCUCGGCGCGGGGCUCGGGCUCACCAUGCCCCUGCGGGGCCGGGCCGCCGGGCACCAGCGGAUCCCCGGCUUGCCCCCGCCUCGACGCGCACGGAUUAGCUGCAGCCGGCGCCCGAAGAUUUGAAUACGGACCCCGGGAGGGAGAGCGCCUAGGCCGACCUCGGAGUGGCGGCCCCGCGGCCAACAUGCUUCGCAAAGGGUGCUGUGUGGAACUGCUGCUGCUGCUGCUGGCCGGGGAGCUGCCCCUGGGAGGCGGCUGCCCGCGAGACUGCGUGUGCUACCCCGCGCCCAUGACGGUCAGCUGCCAGGCGCACAACUUCGCCGCCAUCCCCGAGGGCAUCCCGGAGGACAGCGAGCGCAUCUUCCUGCAGAACAACCACAUCACCCUCCUCCGGCAGGGCCACUUCAGCCCCGCCAUGGUCACCCUGUGGAUCUACUCCAACAACAUCACCUUCAUCGACCCCAACACCUUCCAGGGCUUCGUGCACCUGGAGGAGCUAGACCUUGGCGACAACCGGCAGCUGCGGACGCUGGCCCCCGAGACCUUCCAGGGCCUGGUGAAGCUCCACGCCCUCUACCUCUAUAAGUGUGGGCUCAGUGCCCUGCCGGCCGGCAUCUUUGGCGGCCUGCACAGCCUGCAGUACCUCUACCUGCAGGACAACCACAUCGAGUACCUCCAGGACGACAUCUUUGUGGACCUGGUCAACCUCAGCCACCUGUUUCUCCACGGCAACAAGCUGUGGAGCCUGGGCCAGGACACCUUCCGGGGCCUGGUGAAUCUGGAUCGGCUGCUGCUGCAUGAGAACCAGCUGCAGUGGGUCCAUCACAAGGCUUUCCACGACCUCCGCAGGCUGACCACCCUCUUCCUCUUCAACAACAGUCUCUCUGAGCUGCCAGGUGACUGCCUGGCACCUCUGGGGGCCCUGGAGUUCCUCCGCCUCAACGGGAACGCCUGGGACUGUGGCUGCCGGGGGCGCUCCCUGUGGGAAUGGCUGCAGAGGUUCCGGGGCUCCAGCUCGGCGGUCCCCUGCGUGUCCCCCGAGCGUCUGCACGGCCAGGACCUGAAGCUGCUGAGGGCCGAGGACUUCCGGAACUGCACGGGGCCGGCGUCCCCGCACCAGAUCAAGUCUCACACGCUCACCACCACCGACAGGGCCGCCCGCAAGGAGCACCACCCGUCCCCCCACGGCCCCGCCAGGGACAAGGGCCACCCGCACGGCCAUCCGCCUGGCUCUCGGUCGGGCUCCAAGAAGCCGGGCAAGAACUGCACCAGCCAUAGGAAUCGCAACCAGGUCUCGAAGGCAGGCUCCGGGAAGCAGGCCCCGGAGCUGCAGGACUACGCCCCUGACUACCAGCAGAAGUUCAGCUUUGACUUCAUGCCGACGGCGCGGCCCAAGAGGAAGGGCAAGUGUGCCCGCAGGACCCCCAUCCGUGCCCCCAGCGGGGUGCAACAGGCCUCCUCGGGCAGCUCCUUGAGGGCCUCACUCCUGGCCUGGAUACUGGGGCUGGUGGUCACUCUCCGCUGAGGACAUGGGGUGCUAGCACCCAGCACUGCCACAUGCCCACCAAGGAACAGGAUUUCUUUUCUGUUUUUACACGUGGAGGAUCUGCUGGGUUUCAGGCAAAGGCUGGUAGAGGCUUCGGCUGCUGUCUGGGCCCUGGCCGGUGGAUUAUAAACCCAAAGUGUACAGCCCCAAGCAGAGGGGGGUUUAGUGCAUCCCACCCAGCUGUUCCCAGCCAGCCCCCUCGCCGAGCACCCACGGACAGCAUCCACCCAGCAAGGCAGUUAAAGCCGCGAGGUGAAUCCUUCAUUAGUAACAAUGGGACAGUGCCCCACAGGAGUUGAGCUCUGCGGAAUCCUGGUCAUUUGGAGAUGUCGGAAGGGGCCCCGCCACCCCUGGAGGAAGCUCGACUCAGCAAACAGACGAGAGGCUGGGUCCGCCAGCUAUGUGCGGGCACAUGAGCAGGUGGCGUUUUGGCUCCUGCCUGAGGCCACUUAGUCACCCUGCCCUGAAUCCAACCAUGUGCCACCUUCAGUCCUUCCUUUGGGGGUAACACCUCUCAUUCAUUGCCUGAUGUCUCAGGCAACCCUGGCAGACCAGGCCCAGCUGCUGGGCUCCAAGAACCAAUUACCAAAGGCAAGAUCAUCAGAGGCUGAAAUUUAAAACUUCAUUGUGUGCAAUGGGGUUCUCACAGGAGGUGCAGUUUUAUAACUAUGUUCACUUAUAUAUAUAUACACACUCUACAUAUAUAUACACAAAUGCACAGGUCCUUCCCUACUCCCUUACCUAACUGUAUGUCUUAUCAUGUUUAUAAACUAUACGCAAAACUAUAUCUGCGGAACUAAGGGUUGUAUUGGUGAUUUCUAGCAAGAAAGGAGUUCUAGGAUUUUUGUCUAGAAUCCCAACCUGGCAACAGUAGUCCCCGUGUAACCUGGGCUUUCCCGGGCCUGGGGCCAAGAGACAGUGGGGAGGGUCAGGGAGAAGGGGAAGCCGCAAGAAUCACUUCAGGGGACCAAUAUUCUUAGAUAUUUAGAGCAUCACCUAUGUUUUUAUAUGCAACACAAGACCGUCUGCCACCCCAGAGCACCCAAUCACUCCCAGUACCGCAGCUGUCGGCAUCAGGGUGAGAAGCUAGAAGCAGCUUGUUGGACAUCAGGGAGCCAGGCCCUGGGAAGGGGCUGGAAGGAGAAGGGGCAGGUAGGAGAUUUGGGUUUCUUAGGCUGGCGGGCGAGGCAGCAUCCACAGUGUUAGUCCAACAGGCUGGGCAGUGUUGUCAGCCUAGGGCUUUGCCAGCAACAGUCUGGACGGGCCAGGGAGACUCUGGGCAUGAGCCCAGGCCUCCAGUGUGGCUCAGCUACUGAAAUUUUCCUUGAGGCUCUUUGGUGGGCAUCCCAGCAAGGGUCCUGGGUAGGGUGGCAGGAGGGUGGCAUCGGGCAGCCUUAGCAAAAGGGGAACAAAGAGGGCAUUUCAAGAACCAUCUCAGGCACUUUUGCAUUAUGGAGCCCCAUCCCUCCUGGACCCUUUGAAUAUGCCCCGGGAACAGGGAGAGGUCAGGAAGGUGGCCAGACUCGGGUCAGGAGUGGGGACGUGCAGGGAAGGGAGCAGGAAAGCCCAGAGACAGCGGAGAGGGGCUCAAGUCAAGGUCAGCCAUGCUGCUGGCUGGGGUCCGAUCGGGCACAAUUGUUUUUGGCUUUGCACAAGCCCGAAUUCCCCACCAGAGAGGCUGUGUGUCAGGUGCAAGAAACAUUGAAUCCAAUUAAGAGAGAAAAAUAAUAAUAAUAAAAAAAUUCUCUUGGAAAGAA